UGGGUGUAAUUUAUAUAGGGCAAAUAAUUCUGAUCUGAUUAAUAUAUUCCGUUAACUAUAACCUGGGAGAGAUCGUCUUAAUUUAUGUAAUGAAUUUAUUGCUGACUGGCUGCUUCUGGUUUGCAGCUCAUCUUGUGUGUGCGGAACCUUUGUCGGGCGUUUGUCGUUUCCGCCAGUGUGAAGCGCGGUGGGACUCUGUGGGAAGCAGUUUGUUGCCACGUCGGAGUGGUCGGAGGCGCCGGUUUUCUGUUAAUUUGGAGGAUUAAUCGUUGUGUUUGGGGUUCUUGUGUUGGCCACAGCCAUGGUUUCCGUUAUCAACACCGUGGACACCUCCCACGAGGACAUGAUUCACGAUGCCCAGAUGGACUACUACGGGACUCGGCUCGCCACCUGCUCCUCCGACCGCACCGUCAAGAUCUUUGACGUCAGGAACGGAGGGCAGAUCCUCGUGGCGGAUCUUAGAGGCCAUGAGGGUCCCGUGUGGCAGGUAGCGUGGGCUCACCCCAUGUUCGGCAACAUCAUGGCCUCCUGCUCCUACGACCGAAAAGUCAUCAUUUGGAAAGAGGAGAACGGAGCCUGGGACAAGAUGUACGAGUACACCGGACACGAGUCGUCAGUGAACUCAGUCUGCUGGGGUCCUUAUGAAUUCGGUCUCAUCUUGGCCUGCGGCAGCUCAGAUGGGGCAAUUUCCCUUCUCACGUUUACCGGAGAUCAGCAGUGGGACGUCAAGAAGAUCAGCAACGCCCACACUAUCGGCUGUAACGCUGUGAGUUGGGCUCCUGCGGUCGUUCCGGGAAGUUUGAUCGAUCAGCCGUCGGGACAGAAGCCAAACUACGUCAAACGCUUCGUCUCUGGAGGCUGCGACAACCUGGUCAAACUCUGGAAAGAGGAAGACGGUCAGUGGAAGGAGGAUCAGAAGCUGGAGGCUCACAGCGAUUGGGUGAGAGAUGUCGGCUGGGCUCCUUCUAUUGGUCUUCCCACCAGCACCAUCGCCAGCUGCUCUCAGGACGGACGCGUGUUCAUCUGGACGUGUGACGACCCAGCGGGUAACACCUGGACGGCCAAACUGCUGCACAAGUUCAACGAUGUGGUUUGGCACGUCAGCUGGUCCAUCACUGGAAACAUCCUGGCUGUUUCAGGAGGCGACAACAAGGUGACGCUGUGGAAGGAGUCCAUGGACGGGCAGUGGGCGUGUAUCAGUGAUGUCAGCAAAGGCCAGGGCGCCGUCUCCACCAUCACAGACACGCAGCAGAAUGAGCAGUGACACUCAGAUUAACACACACACACACACACACUGUCGUUACCCCCGACCCUGCGAGGAUGACCCCGGCCUUCGAAGACGAACGAAUAAACAUGAUGGACAUUUGGACUGGAAACCAGACGGGAUGGAUCCGGGGCGGCGAUCCGAUCUUUAGGCUUCAGCCCAAAACCAACCGAACUCUGCGGCUCUCAGAUGCAGAAUCUCUGCUGGUUUUACCUUUAAAGUUUAAAAAUACAAACCUCAUCUUUUAGAUGCGCUCCACCGUUUGUUUGGUUUUCCUCCAGUUUUACAGUUCCACAUGUCCACCAUCCUUCCUCUCUUCCCAUGAUGCUCUGCUCCAGAAACAUUCCACCUCCCCCUCCAGAGAACAAAACUAGCACACACACACACCCCCCCCCCCCCCCCCAGCAUCUCCCAGCAUCCUCAGAGGCCAUCCUGACGCUUCACCCAAAUCAGCUUCGACUUGAGCGGGUGAAGCUUCAUGCCUCAGGCUGGAAACAAACCCUCAGUGACACCGAGCGUAACCGCCUGCUUUGGAUAAAUUCACGUAUUUAAUGAUGCGUGAAUGAAUGUUUUAUUUGGUAAAAGAGUUCCUGCCUUAACCGUGAAUGCAGUGAUUGUGUGCAGGUUUAUUUCAGUCAUAUAAUCAGAAACUGUAGAUGCUUUUUUCCAUAUUUGAUGUAAUUAAAUAACUGUUAAUAU